CCCAGCUCUUGCUCUUGGGCAGCCCUAUUUUAACGAGCCCUCGCCCAUCUCCAGGACCAGCAGGAGACCUGGCAGGACCAUGCCGGGCAUCGCCGAUGUUAAUCCGGGCACUGAACCACGCUGACGAGGGAUGCCGCGAGGUCGAGGGUCACCAGCAGCCCCCGCCGUGCUCGCGUAGCAUCCUCAACGGCGUCGCUCGUGCGUGCUUCCCCCAGCCUGCCUGAUCAUUUAUGGCGAGCUAAUUAAUAAGCUGGCGGUGCCCGGCGAUGCACGGCUUCCUACGGGUUGCAGCCAGAAGCUGCUUUGCUCCUCCCCGUCUCUCCUGCCGCUGACUCUGCCCACUGAACCGCACGAAGAGUCGAGGAGGAGAAAUGGAGGGGGAAUUGGCCAGGACCAAAGCCCGCUUGCCCUCGCUGCUCUUGGCACUGCUCGGCCUCGGGCCAGGCAUCUUGGCCGAGGCGCAUUUUAAGGCGGACAAUGAGGUUUUGCAGCUGCUGGCUGGGAAUUCUUCCCAGACGCUGUUGGAGCGAUGUUCCGAGCUCCUCUUCGGCCAAGCCCGGGCGCAGCCCCAGCAGGUCAACGGCAUCUUGGGGGGGUCGGUGCUGCUCGCCCCGGCUCUGCCCCCCAACAAGACGGUCAAGGAGAUCGAGUGGAGCUUCUCAGCCGGUACCGGGGCCACCAUCCAAGUGGCAGAGUUUGGCCCCGGUGGCUUCGAGCGUCCGGAUCCCAAGGAUCGGUUCAAGGAUCGCCUGGAGAUGUUCAAUAAAACGGUGCUGAAGAUCCGGGCGUUGGAACGGGGCGACAGCGGGGUCUACGGGGCCCGGAUCAAACUGCACCCGGCGCUGGUGGACGAUCAGUCCUUCAACCUCUCCGUCUACGAGUCGGUGCCGAGUCCCCGGACGCGCAGCCAGCUCUUGGCCAGCACCGUGGAAUGGUGCAACCUGACGCUGCAGUGCCAAGGCGCCGGCAAAGGCGCCGUCAACGUCACUUGGAAGAGGGACAACAUCAUCCGGGAGUUGACCUCGGACCGCCACCAGCUCUCCAAGGAUGGCACCACCUUACGGGUGGCUCUGCCACCCACCGCCGCCAACGUCACCUACGCCUGCACCGUCAGCAACCCCGCCGACCAGAAGGUCGUCCUCUUCGAUCUCCAAACCAUCUGCCAAAGCGGAGGGGGACAAACGUCCUUCUCGAAGUCGGGGUACAUCGUCCUGACCCUCAUCCUGCUGGUGGUGAGCUUGGGGGGAGCAUUUUGGUGUUGGCGGAUGAAUAGCGAGAAGACAGCAGACCCAGCUGCCACCCCCACCGUCCCCGCCGAGGAGAGCCCCUCUGACCCCCAAUACGCGGAGAUCGUACGCAGGAGCCCCCCGGAAGGUAAUGACCAGGGCCUGGGUCACCCUGAAAACAGCCAGGAGCCGAGCUCGCCGCAGAAAGCACCGGUCACCACCGUCUACGAGCAGAUCCACCGAGUGCCCGAGGACACGGCCGAGGAGGUGACAUAGAGCCUCAGGCACCCGCAGAGCCGGAGCAUCGGGAUCUCCCGGAAGGGCUGUAAAGUGCGUUUUGUGCCAAAUCCGACCCCUCCAGCCCCCGUUUCGGCUCCGGGGAUGAGAGGCACCAUCUCGGGGUGACAACCAGAUGGAUGCUUUCACCCCCCCCUUAUCCCACCCCCUCCCAAAAAAAAAACAGAAAGAAAACCCCCUCUGGUUUCUCUCCAACCUCCUUCUCCGAAGCCCUCAAAGACUGUUUGGGAAGUGGGAUCCCAGAGACGAGAAGCGAUGGCGAAGCUGAGGACCCUCUAUGAUCUCUGGAUGCCUCAGGACACCCCGAGAUGCUCCAGGAUGGGGGGGGACACCCCAGGUGCCCCCAGUGCUGGGUUGACUGGGGGGCACAUCCUGGUGCUGGCUGGACCUUGGACCUUUCCCGUGGGUGCAGGAUGAGACCCCUUUGGGGUAAAUUGGACCCUCUCCCCACCUCCUCAACCCCCACCCCCCAACCUCCAGGUCCCCCCAGAACCUCAUGGAAGGAGGGGGGGAACCUGCCCACCCGCUUUGCCACUGCCACGAAGACACAAGAGGGGGACACCGAGGUGUCCCCCCAAGCCCUGUCCCACCUCGGGGGGGCAUCUCCAAGGCCACGGAGGAUGCAGAAGGGAUCGUUGCCUGCAUGGAUCCGCCGAGAAGCACCCCUGCUCCCCCCCCCCUCUCCGUAGCUGUUGCCUGUGUCGCCCGUGCACCGUCGCGUGGAGGGGGUGUCACUGCCUGUGUGUCCUGCAGCCACCGCCACGGGGCCCCUCGCUCGGCCGGACCUCCCGACUCCGUCCAAACGGCAAAUAAAUGUUGGUGAGAUCACGAGAGGAG